UUCUUAUCCGGAUGGUAAGGACGUUGCCUGUUGCUGCCCAAGAAGCCUGACGGUGAGAGCAGUUCGUCAAUAAACAGGUACUUCACCAGAACCACCGAAGCGCCGCGGGAUCACCGCCUCCACGAUGGUGACCGCCGAGGCCGCGAUGGCGGUCGUGAGGGCCGCGCGCCCCUUCUUCCGCAGUGCCCACGAUGGCCUCGCGUUCGCCGCAAACGCCGCGUUCCUGGCCGACGGAUACUCCCUCUGCGCCGUCGGUCGUUCCGCGCUCUUCGACCCCCUGCCCGCAGACGAGGAGGUUGGAAUUGAGGGUUGGAACAGUAUGGACAACUGCUAUGCCUUUUUGUACUCCAAGGAUGAGGAGGAGGGCAAGAAGAAGUGCAUUUUCAUGAAAUGUGUAGUGAUUGCUGACUUCCUUGCUAUUGAUGCGAUGGAUCUUGAGGCACAACAUGAGGAACCCUUCCAUGUGCAGAUAAAUGUGAAGGAUUUCUUCUCUGAAGUACAGACCAGGAAUUAUAAAGAUUUGUACAAGAGUUUUACGGACUUCAUUAAUAUCCUGAACUUAAGCUUAUUGGCUGAAUUGAAUGGUAAGGACGCUGCUGCCUCCCAGAAUCCUAAUGCUGAGAGCAGUUCGUCAAUAAACAGUUAUAGAAAUGUUAUGUGGGGAAAGCCGACUACAAGUUCUACUGAACGAACCAUUUAUGAAUACAACCAUUUGUAUUUUCCCUUCUUCUUUUGUGUGGCACUCCUUUAUUCACCUUUUUUGUACUUUGUUGUCACUUGCUCCAGUUCUGAAUAUGCUCGGUGGGAAAACCCGAGCGCAAGGACUGCCGGCCUGAUUUAUCCUCCAGUGGUUCUGUUUGGUCGUGAUGACACCUUCCCUGCUCCUGGUGCAGGCUUCUACCCUCAUAGUGGUGAGACAGGUGGUAGUAUGCACGUUGGCCCAAAUGAUCCAUGCUUCUUUCCUUCAACACCUUCUACUCCUUUUGGUGACCCGGGGAGUGUUCCACCCGGUGGUCGCUACGAUCCAAUUGGCCCGCCUGAUGUCCCAGGAUUUGAACCAUCUCGCUUUGUGAGGCGUUCAAGGCAUUCAGGCGGAAGCACUCACCCAGACCACGAGUUCUUCCAACAAGACCCAGACUUCUUCUGAGACUCGGCUUCAUGCCCACCUGCACCCUGCGCUGAAUGACUGCUUUGUUUCUGCAGUGCUCAAUCGUGAACGCUUUGCAGCACCAACCUGCUAUGUAUCACAAAUUGUGUUUUAAAUAGACUCUGCUUGUGCUUGAGAACAUGAAUGUAAACUCCUGUAUUCACCUUUGAAACCGUGCUUUGUCAUACUUGACUGUACAAUUGUAUGUAGAGCUGCCUUCGUAACCCUCUGUGCUUCUUAUCUUAGCUAAGCUAUUGCUGGAAUGUC